CGCAGUCGCGUCGCAAUCGACAUCAUCAUCAUCCAUCGUCUCUCAACAUUCGAUUUCUUGUUCAACCAUUUACACCCUCUACGGGAUUUCGCCCUCUGAUUUUCGCCAUAUCCGACAUUGAUAUCAAUAGUAAUCGUUCACGGAACCACCGAAUCUCGCUCAACAACUUCCACAAUCACCAUGGGCUCCAUCGUCCUUCCCCAUCUCGAGACCGGCUGGCACGUCGACCAAGCCAUUCUAAGCGAAGACGAGCGUGUGGUGGUUAUCCGUUUCGGCCGCGAUCACAGCCCCGACUGCAUGCGCCAAGAUGAAGUACUCUAUCGCAUCGCCGACAAGGUCAAGAACUUUGCAGUCAUUUACCUCUGCGAUAUUGACAAGGUUCCUGAUUUCAACCAGAUGUACGAGUUAUACGACGAAUGCACCCUCAUGUUCUUCUUCCGAAAUAAACACAUGAUGAUUGAUCUCGGCACCGGUGACAACAACAAGAUCAAAUGGGUACUGGAAGACAAACAAGAACUGAUCGAUAUCAUCGAGACGGUCUACCGCGGCGCGAAGAAGGGACGCGGUUUGGUGGUUAGUCCCAAGGAUUACUCGACCAGACAUCGCUACUAGAAGGGCGAAUAACGACAGGAGCAACAACAACAACAACAACAACAACGAGAACGACUCCCCAAGAUCUGGCAGACGCAAAAUUCCGCGGUACGGGGUUUACUCGACGAAGUAACAACAAGUUCAAGGCGAAGCGACAGAGGAGGGUUUCUGGAGGCUGCUGGGGAGCCUGGAGUUGGUUCCCGUGACUCAGCCCUGCUCUGGAAUUCAUUUACCACGGGCAUCUUGCGGCGUAAUCAAAUGGAUAAACGGCUGUUAACUCGGCGACGAAUAAGUGAUGGUUGGCUUGGGCCCACGCCGAGCCGCGAGCUGCCUUUGAGGAAUUAGCACGCGAGCGUGGAAAAAAAACAAAGAACCGGCCAGAGAAAUUGAUUCCAUCGUACCUACCGACGGAAUCCUUGCGAUACCGUCCAAGUGAUUCAUCACUGUUCACUGGGCUGCACGUGAAUGUUCACGGAAUGCCAUAGGCUGUUUUACAGGCUUGUCCUUUACAGGCCUCGUUGGUGAUAUCUUGAGGAUCCGAAACCGAGACUGGCGCUGCUCGGUAUCUCUGUAUCGUACCACCCCGUUACUCGGGGAUGGCGAGAUCGACAAUUGCCGUCCCGUUUCAGCGGAAUCGCGAUAUUCGCAGAUCUGCAGUUCAGUCCAGGGUGUACGGCUGGCAGAACCUUCAUGCUAUUCUAGUUCUUGGAUAGCAAGAGAUGGACUCGUCCAACCCCCUGGACAGCAUCAUUGUCUGUCACUGACCGUUCCCUUGGUACAGUAGGAUCUGAAACAUAAACAUUGUUCGCACGUAUCACAUGUCACCUAAUACCCAAAACGAGUGGCACCUUUGUCACACAGACGGCAUCGGGAAUGACAAACAAUGAAAGUACCUCAACCAUUCGGAAGCCACUCUGUUCUCGGUGUCAGCCUCUUUCGCGAUGGCGCUCUUCGUUUUUCAAUGCCAUGCAUAGGCGCAAAGACGUUUUCCGGGCGGGCGGUCUAAACCCAAUCCUGAAAGGGGCGUUAUGGGUGCGUGUGAAGCGACCGGGCAGCCGUUGGUUUGGCGGGUUUCAGGGGUAAGGGUUGGGGGGGGGGGGGGGGGGGGGCUCAACUUUAUUUUCGCUUCACCGGUUCCCUCUUUCUCCCCGUCACAGUGAAGAAGGCGAUGGGCUUUUUGGACGCUUUGACAAAAUGACGAGAAUUUCAAGCUCUGGAAACGAUCCGUCCACAACGUCAUCGGGAGUCCUGGCUUUGGAAUGAUAUGUCGAAGUGUAGUUUGGUUUCUUCUCUUUUUUUUUGAACUGGUCCACUAUGGGGUAUCAGGUCUCGUCUUUCUCUUCCUUUCAAGCCUGAUGACAACCGAACGUUUCCCGUUAGCAUUGUACAACUGCGGUGAGGGUGGCUUUGUGUUCCAACCAUAUGUUUCUUUGCCAUCUGGCCAUGGACAGGAAAAGGAGACAAACAACUACCAAGGCGCAAUACUACCGCCCCUUUCCCAUUUCAUACACGUCAUUUCUUCAAUCGCAUCUUAAACAGUAUACUCC